AGAUUGUAGUCAGUCGAAGUUUAUUCUCGAACCAUUAAGCAUGAAGGGCCAACACCAGCAACGUAGUUGCACCACCGCUCAGCCUGGGUCGCUGCCAGUUGUCGUCGUCGUGGUUGCCGUGGCCAUUGCCGGGCUGUGCGUGCUGUCAGGACUGAAUGCAGCGCCUCUCGACGUGCAAUGCAAUUGUGGAAACGGCGGAACGCAGCACUCGGCCGACGGCCUUCAGACCCAGACCCAGACCCAGACCGGUCCAGGCUGCCAGACGCAAACCUCCGAGAAUGGCACACAGAGCCAGAGCCAGAGUGGCACUGGUAGUGGCAAUUCUACCCAGUCGCAGACCCAAUGCUCUGGCUCCGACUGUGCACCGUUCACGCCCUUCCCGCCGCUCUUCACCAUGAAGCCAAUGGAGCCCCUCACGUGGAAGCCGUUGGAAUGGAGGUCAAUGCAGCCCAUUGCCCCGCUGAAUGGACAGUAGUAGCAGCAGCAGCAGACAGUUCGAUGUAGUUUAAGCUCUUCAAAUGAUUGUCCGAUUCAAUAAAGGAUUGGGAUGGAGAGAGUUGAGAUGAAGCCCCAGCGUGUGGUC